ACACAUAGAUAACCCACACAGACGGACAGCGCUCUCCGUUCAUUUUUUUUUAAAUAUUUUUCAGUACCUUUGCAUUGCAUAACGUUCAAACCUCGAAUCUCUCCUCUUUCUUCUCCAAAAUGAUUCUCUGAACUCUGAUCCAUAGAAAAAGCCACUGCUCUUUUCUCUCACUCACCCUACUCUUCAACCCCAACUCUCUCUCUCUCUCUCUCUCUCUCUCUCUCUCUCAAAGAAACGCAGAGGGAUGCUACCGAGGGCUUCUGCAAACGGUAUCGUUUGGAUGGAAGGAGGAGGUGGAGGUGGAGGCGGGGAAGAUGAAGAAGACGCAGCGUCGUGGACCAGAACCAACAAUGAAGGCGAGCCCAGCAACUGCAAGGACGAGGACAUGGGUCUUGGUGUUCCUCUCUCUUCCUACAAGUCCAUGCUUGAAAAUGACUGGUACAUCAACAACAACGCUGCUCUGAACCCGCCUCGCCGGGACCUCCAUAACCAUCUCCAUGGCCUCUCAAACCCACAAGAUGUCAGAGACAUUAGCUUCUGUUCCAAUCCAAACGACGCCAAUAGCCUUCUUUUGCAGCCCUUGGACUCGUCCUCUUCCUGCUCUCCAUCACAGGCGUUCACCCUCGACCCCUCACAGUCACAGCCACCCUUCUUGCCCCACAAAUCUUGCUUCUCUUCGCUCAUAAACGCUGUUUGCACCAACCCUUUUGACAAUGCCUUCGAUUUGGGGCUUGAUACUGGUCUUCUCUGUCCGUUCAACCCAGCUGUUUCCAACUCCCCUGCUUUGAUGGGCUUCCCGGGUUUGAAUUCUCAUCCCCAGAUUGGUGCUCCCGAGCUGGGUUCGGUCGGCGAGUUUCAACCAACUCGGUUGCUGCCGAUAACCGAUACGGCCGCCGGGCUGAGUGGCGGGUUUAGUCCAGCUGGUUUCGAGGGGUUCGAUAACUCAGGGAGUUCUCUGUUACUAAACAGAGCAAAGGUUCUGCGACCUCUUGAGGUUUUCCCUCAAGUGGGUACGCAACCCACUCUGUUUCAGAAGCGAGCGGCUCUUCGGCAAGGCUCUGAAAACUCGGGGACUUUGCGGGUCUCGGGUGCGACAUUCGGCGAAAAUUCGGAGAAUUUGGAGAGUAGGAGGAGGAAGAAGAACGAGGCAGGUGAUGUGGAGGAAGCGAGCAUCGACGUUUCGGGCUUGAAUUACGAUUCGGAUGAGUUCAUUGAGAAUGGUAUAGGUAAGGCGGAGGAGAGUGUUAAAAAUGGUGGAAGCAACUCCAAUGCGAACAGUGCUGUCACGGGUGGGGACCAGAAGGGAAAGAAGAAGGGACUGCCGGCUAAGAAUCUGAUGGCGGAGAGGCGGCGGAGGAAGAAGCUUAAUGAUAGGCUCUACAUGCUUAGGUCUGUUGUACCCAAGAUUAGCAAGAUGGAUAGAGCCUCAAUACUUGGGGAUGCCAUCGAUUACUUAAAGGAGCUUUUGCAAAGGAUCAAUGAUCUACACAAUGAACUGGAGUCAUCCCCACCAGGAUCUUUGCUGCCACCUUCUACAAGCUUUCACCCUUUGACACCAACUCUGCCUACCCUUCCUUGCCGUGUGAAGGAAGAACUUUGUCCCAGCUCCCUGCCAAGCCCUAAAAACCAACCUGCAAGGGUGGAGGUAAGGGUAAGGGAAGGGAGAGCUGUCAACAUACACAUGUUUUGUGCCCGCAGACCAGGUCUCUUGCUUUCCACUAUGAGGGCUCUGGACAACCUGGGGUUGGACAUCCAGCAGGCUGUAAUUAGCUGUUUCAAUGGGUUUGCUUUGGAUGUGUUCCGAGCUGAGCAAUGCAGGGAAGGCCAGGAUGUAUUGCCCGAGCAAAUUAAAGCGGUACUUUUGGAUUCGGCUGGCUUCCAUGGUAUGAUGUAACUCGAGUGCUUUGUGAAUGCAACCAAUUAGAAAUGGAGGAACUUAACUGUAGGUGCUGUACCUCGAGUAGUUUGUAAAUGUAUUUGCUGCUGAUUCCCAUUGCCAAAGUUGCGCACGGACCAAAGUCAAGUAGGCCAGCUAAUGUUUGAAGCUUGAUUUUGUAGCAUUAGUGGAUAUUUUUUGUAAUCGUGCUUCAAAGUAUAGCGAUCGAAUUUGUUGUGUUUCUCAUGUAUCUUCAGCUUUGGGAGUAAAUCUUUCCUUUUCUACUUGUUUUGUAUGGAAAAUAAUUUGAUUAGAAUCUUA